AUGGCGGCCCAAGAGGAAAUCGUCGACUUCGAUAUCAUCGAAAACCAGAAAGAGAACAUCCAGUCCCUGCCUGGUGGCCGCUCAGCAAGGGAGCUCGCUCGGAUCUUUUCACCAAGAGGCCCCGAAGACAAACUUUAUUCCCCAUCACCGAACGACACGAGAACUGUCAACGAUGCCAUCAGACAAGACUACGAAGCAGAAUUGCAGGCAAUAGGAGAAUCAGACGAUCCGCUUGAUAUUUACGAUCGCUAUGUGAAAUGGACGCUGGACGCAUACCCUUCCUCACAGGCUACCCCGGAAUCAGGUCUUCUCCCAUUACUGGAGCGGGCAGUAAAAUCCUUCCUCUCCUCCCCCCACUAUAAGAACGAUCCCCGCUACCUUCGGUUAUGGGUCCAUUACAUCCGACUUUUCUCCGACUCACCAAGAGAAACAUUUGCAUUCCUGGCACGGCAUCAAAUCGGAGAAGGACUCGCGCUAUUCUAUGAGGAAUUUGCUGCCUGGCUCGAAGGCGCGGGACGAUGGACACAGGCGGAUGAAGUGUAUAGGCUAGGUGUCGACCGCGAGGCCCGCCCUGUUGAGCGACUGGUUCGGAAGUAUCGUGAAUUCCAACAACGCUAUGAACAACGAACACAGGAUAAUGGACCGUCAUCUCCUGCGUUGCCCGCAGUCCGACCGGCACUGGCUGCUAAGGUAGACCCUUUUGGUUCGGCAGCAACCUCAUCACCGGAUCCCCAGGCACAACGGGAAGCCCCUGCUGCUGCUGCACCAAAGACCAAGUCUGGUAAACCAAAAAUGGCCAUAUUUUCUGACGCCGACUCGGCAAGCCAGCCUGCUGUCUCUGGGCAGACCAAGGGAUGGGAUAGUAUUGGGUCAAUGAGCGACCGCCGGAAGGAGAAUAAGGUGGAAGCGAAACCAUGGGCGGGAGAGACUCUUAAGGCAGGAAAGAAGCCUGCGCCCAAGGAGAAGAUGACAAUUUUCAGGGAUGAGGUGAGACUAAUUGGUGGCAUGAAUCCGGUUUGGUUUACGAUUAUGUGUAUGCAGUCAAAUCAGAAUUCACAUUUGAGAGAGUCAAUGCAAUCAAAGCAUGUUCCAGAGCAUCGUGUAAGGGAAGCGGUAAACCCGCGUACGGGAAGACGAGAGCGUGUUUUCGUCAAUCUUGAUGCAGUAUAUCCUGACUAUACAAACCCAAAUAUUGAAGUCAGCUUCGAGGAGCUGCGAGCCAUGCGCCGUGGUUGGAUGGACAAGAAAUGGCGACCACAAAAGGAGCCUCUGAGACAGAUUUCUGGAAAUGAAAACUCAGUUGGAGUUGAUCCAGCCAAGGCACUACCUGAUGAGUUCGAUGAAAAGUUGACCAUGAAGGAUGCAGAUAUUUCGGCGCAGCAAACUUCGGAAUCAGAUGCCCAGCAUGAGGCCAAGGCUGGUAAAGCACGGAAAUUGAAGCUUCGUGAAGUGAAACAGGAGACACAGACGGUCAAGAUGAAAUUUGACUCUCCGACUGGAGGCAAGAUUCGUCGCAAGAGCACAGCCGAGCCAACAAUGACGAUUCAUACUCGCGCCGCAACGGACGAGAUCUACAGUAUCUUCAAUCAACCACUUAAGGCAGAAGCAGAAGCAGCCGAAAGUAGCGACUUCGAUGACGAUGACUACACAAGCGCUGGGGAGAGCACCGUAACGGGACACAUCUCGGCUGCUUCGAGCGAUUUCGGUGAUGACGAAAAUACGUUUCACAAGGCCUUUGAUGAAACCGUUGGGGAUGGUUUUGAUGAUAACACUCGAGCUGAAAGUGUCGUGGACGGUGAAUGGACACAGUUCUCCGCUGCCGACGAUUUGGUCGGUCUUCGCUCACCGGGCGUCGAGUCAGUGUCGCAACCACACACAGAUGAAAGGUACAGCAUCGACGACGAUGACUUUGACGACAACCAAAAUCGACAAAGGUUUAUCCCAGAAAUGCCUGACGAUUACAACCCGCCGUGCGGCCCAUACCGAGACCCAGCGAUAGUUGCCCAGAAUCGCCUGCCCUUUAUGACACCUAUCGUAGAACAAACUGAGUAUUCCCUCGCAUCCAUGACAGCAGCCAGGAACCACCUAUACAACGCGAAGACUCCGUCCAAGCCUCGGAUGGCAGAUCUUCUGUCGACACCACUAAUUGAUGGAACACCUCGUCAAGGAGAUACUACGAUUGGCUUGCCUGAAGAUGUUGCGCUGAGUCCGUCUGCAACGAAAGCACUGUCUAGUGUCAAAUCUGCCUCUCCUUUCGGCCGUAAAUAUCGAGCUGGACCAAUCAUCCAGGAUGCGCAAUGCAAUCCCACUGACAAAACAAUCCGGAACACGAUUCUCUCAGCCUUGAACCCACCACUUGCAUCAUACGCAGGAUAUCACGGUCAUCUGGAGACGGACGCCCAUUAUGCUUCUGACAUUCAAAAGUUCAUGAAGGCUCAGCCAAAGCGUUCCCGAAGCGGUGACGAAGCGUCGUUUGAAUUGCCCAUCCUGGAGCUUCCCGGUGCAGAGAGAAGCUAUAUCAUCCGGCGAGAGCUUGGAGCCGGUGCAUUUGCCCCAGUCUACCUAGCGGAGAGUAUCGAUAGUUCGCCCGCCGACUCUGAAGAUGAAUCUGAAGGUAGUAACAGUGGAGGAUCACAGCUGACCAACAGUAACAAAUCAACACGGAGCAAGGCUCGCUAUGGCUUUGAGGCUAUCAAGAUGGAAGUCGGUCCUCCAAACCCAUGGGAAUUCUACAUGAUUCGGACUGCGCAUGACCGCCUGAACCGACAACCCAAUUUGUCGCGCGCGGUGGAUAGUAUAAUCGAUGCACACGAGAUGCAUGUGUAUAAAAAGGAAAGCAUUCUUGUGGAGGAUUAUCGCAGUCAAGGCACUUUGCUUGAUCUUGUCAACCUUGUCCGAAAUGAGCAAGGCAUAGGUGGCAGCCACGGCGAAGGAGGCUUAGAUGAGAUUCUUGCUAUGUUCUUUACUGUGGAGUUAUUCCGCACUGUAGAGGCACUUCACUCAUGUGGUAUACUGCAUGGCGACAUCAAAGCCGAUAAUUGCCUUGUGAGACUCGAGGAGAAGGCCGAACCUCCGUCCCUCAUCGACCUCGGCGAUGAGAACGCUUAUGAUCCACGCGAAGUGCAUUACUCCCCUCGGGGAUCUUACGGCUGGUGCAACAAAGGUCUUUCUCUUAUCGACUUUGGUCGUGGCAUAGACAUGCAAGCUUUCCAGCCGUCCGUUCAAUUUGUCGCCGACUGGGAGGCCAAGAAGCACGAGUGUAACGAGAUCCAGGAGAUGCGACCAUGGACUCACCAAAUUGAUCUGUAUGGACUUGCAGGCACCGUCCACGUUAUGCUUUUCGGAAAGUACAUCGAAUCGUCCCCUGUCCGUCAGAGCGAAGGUGCAUCUCCCAACGGGCCUAGAACGUAUCGAAUCCGCGAAUCCUUAAAACGGUACUGGGAGCGGGAAAUCUGGAACGAUGUCUUUGAUCUCCUUCUCAACCCUAGUGCAGAGCGAUGGGUUCAGCUGGAACUAGAAGGAAACAACAACCCCGCUGCAACCCUGUUCGAUGAGAACACGUCCACGUCGCCUAUCCUCCCCGUUGUCAACUCCAUGAGAUACGUCCGAGAGAAAAUGGAAGCAUGGCUAGUGGCCAACGCGGAAAAGAAAGGCCUGGGUCUCCAGCUCCGAAAGCUCGAGGCUAUCUUUAAUGAGAGAAAGAAGAAGCUGGAAAGAUCUUGA